AUGGCAGACCCCCUGCACCCCACCUGGAUCGGCGCGGGGUUCGACCCCAAGCUGGUGCUGCCCUCUGAGGGGGCCGCCUUCCGGGAAGCUGCUUCGUCCAUCAUCCACGACAUGGACCAGUACUGCCCCUGGCUGAUUAAGGACCCCAGGCUCUGCUUCAUUGGCAGCAUGUGGAUGGAGCUGAUGUCAUCGCCGGUGUGCGUCAUCGUGUACCGCCACCCCGCGCGCGUCGCCCUGCGCCUGGCGCACCAUGCCAACAAGGGCGUGUUUGCCAAGCUUGGUGCCGACGCCUGGCUGAGUGUCUGGGAGCGCAUGAUGACGUCAGCCCUCAAAACGUGCCGCGGCUCGCCCACCGUCAUCGUCCAAACCCUGCUGACGUCCCCUGAAAACCUCGGGACGUUCUAUGACGUGAUCCUGGCAGAGCUGUCCAAGGUUGGGGUGACGUCGUUGAUCAGGCCGCCCGAUGACGUCCUGAGGGAGCACUACACGCGGCACUACAAGCAGCACCACUGGCUGAACGAGACGGCAGCAAAACAGCAGCGGCCGCACAGCACAGAGGGCCGGGUUGGCGGAGGCAAGGGUGACACGGCGGCGGCCCGGAGUGGCGAGGGUGUGACAUCGCGCCUGACUCGGAAAGAGUCGGGCGGGGUGCCGGCGGCGAAUGCGCCGCCCCUGGUCCCCUGGCGGCAGCAGACGCGGACGCGGACGCCGUGGCGGCAGCGGCGGCGGCGAUAG